AUGAUGUCGAUGCGCUUCCUCGCCUGCGGCCUGCUGCUGUUGGCCUCCCCAGCUCUGGCCCAGUGGAAGUCUGGGGUGCGUGGGCUCACGCAAGCCAAGGACUACUCAGGCAGCUGCGGCAAGUGCAAGGAGGUUAGGUGCAAGCACUUCAACUUCAAGGACGGGAGCAGCACCUGCUACGACACCACCGCGUCUGUCGUGGUGAUGGUUGUCGACACGUGCCCGUGCUACUACCCCACCAACUACUUCUCCAACAAGCGCUGGUGCUGUGGCGACAUGUACCACAUGGACAUCAGCGUGUGGGCCUUUGAGAAGCUGGCGGACACCAAGUACGGCGUCAUAGGCAUGGAGUAUCGGGACGUGGACUGCGGCUACAGGCCAGCCAACCCCGCCAAAAACCCCUGGGGUGGCCGCACCUCCAUGCCCCCGAAGCUCAGGCCCCGCCCGGGCUGGAACCGCUGGCAGGACAAGCGGCUGCCCUUCAUGCGGGAGGUCAACCCGACCAGCCUCUUCACGCCUGUAGUCAGCGGCAGCAAGCCCGUUUUCAACGCACAGGGCGACACCGCCACCACAGCGGCUGCCGCCACUUCCGCAGCAACGGUCGCAGCGCCAGCCACGCCCCUGGCCCACGCGCCGGUUCAAGCGGCCGCGCCUGCGCCUGCGCCUGCGGCCGCUGCGGCGCCCCCUCCGUGCGUCGGAUUCUUCUGCUUGUUCGGGCGCAGGCUGCUGCGCGCGUGA